AUUGCGCAGUGGGAUUCAGUCGGUGGCCGUCCGUCGCGCAGUGCAGUCGCGUGUUGUUUCGUGUUUGUGCAAUGGCGGGCGAGUGGCCGGGUGUAUUCAUUGCCCUGUGUGUGGUUGACUUGCUUGUGCUCGGACAGGUGUCACACGUGGACCCCGUAGGUUUCACGAGUCACGAAGGAACGAGGUGCUACGACCACGGACGGCCUCAGAGAUGUAUUCCUGGGUUUGAGAACGCCGCCUUCAAUGUCCUCGUCGAGGCCACCAACACGUGUGGCGAGGAGCGACCCACCGAGUUCUGCGUGCAGACGGGGGCUUCGGGCACUAAGAAGUCCUGCGAAGUUUGCUACGACGUAGGACCCCAGUCGCACCCGGCCGCCUACCUCACAGAUUUCAACAACAAUGAAAACCAAACGUGGUGGCAGUCGGAGACCAUGUACGAGGCCAUCCAGUACCCCAACCAGGUCAACCUGACCCUCCACCUACGCAAAGCUUUCGACAUUACUUACGUUCGCUUGUGGUUCUACUCCCCGAGGCCUGAAAGUUUCGCGAUUUUCAAGCGAACCAGCGAGGACGGCCCGUGGCUACCGUAUCAGUUCUACAGUGCCACCUGCAGGGACACGUACGGUCUCCCUGACAGCAGCUACACGAGGAAGGGACCCGAGGAGACCCGGGCCCUCUGCACCGCUGAGUACUCCGACAUCUCGCCUCUCACAGGCGGUAACGUCGCCUUCUCCACCCUCGAGGGCCGGCCGUCUGCUUACAACUUCGACACGAGCCCCGAAUUGCAGGAGUGGGUGACGGCCACGGACAUCCGCAUCACGCUGGACAGACUCAACACGUUCGGAGACGAAGUGUUCGGAGACCAGCAGGUGCUGCGCUCGUACUUCUACGCGAUUUCAGACUUCGCCGUGGGAGCCAGAUGCAAGUGCAACGGACACGCGUCGGAGUGCGUCGCGAGCACCGCCGUGGAUGGCAGCGCGCGGCGCGUGUGUCGCUGCGAGCACAACACGGCGGGCCCNNACUGCAACGAGUGUCUGCCGUUCUACAACGACGCCCCCUGGGGACGCGCCUCUGCCCUGGACGCCCACGAGUGCCGGGCUUGUAACUGCAAUGGGUUUUCAAAUCGGUGCUUUUUCGACAAGGAGUUAUAUGAGAGAACAGGGCAUGGCGGCCAUUGUCUGGACUGCACAGGGAACAGAGACGGACCGAACUGUGAACGCUGCCGUGAGAACUAUUUUCAGCGAGAAGAUAAUUACUGCAUUGCCUGCAACUGCAAUGAGAUAGGAUCUAGGAGUCUGCAGUGCAACAGUGAAGGAAAAUGCCAGUGUAAGCCUGGAGUGACUGGGGUGAAAUGUGACCGCUGCGAAGAGAAUCAUUAUGAUUUUAGUAACCAGGGUUGCAAACCGUGCGGUUGUAAUGCAGCGGGCAGUCUGAGAAAUCAGCCCAGAUGUGAUCCGUACUCUGGCACUUGUCAAUGCAAGGAAAAUGUCGAAGGCAAGAGAUGUGGAGGUUGCAAGCCUGGAUAUUUCAAUCUGGAUACUGAGAAUGAAUUUGGUUGCACACCCUGCUUCUGCUAUGGCCAUUCCUCAGUGUGCCGGUCUGCGCCCGGCUACUCAAAAGUAGAGAUUGCGAGUAUUUUUGCUCGAGGCAACGAGCGUUGGUCUGCGCAGGACUACAGAGGACAUACUCUGAGUAUCCAGUACAAUGGUAUAACACAAGCCAUUGGGGCCAGUGCUCCAGGCAGAGAGGCUAUCUACUUUGUGGCACCAGACAGAUUCUUGGGUGACCAACGAGCCAGUUACAAUCAAGACCUGACAUUCAAGCUGAGGAUUGGAGAAAAUGGGCCAUCACCCACUGUAGAGGAUAUUGUACUCGAAGGAGCUGGUCUUUCCAUUACUCAGGCAAUUUUUGGACAGCAAAAUCCUCUUCCUUCAACAGUUACUCAAGAAUACAAGUUUCGGCUCCAUGAACACCCGCAGUUUGGCUGGCAGCCUCGUCUGUCAGCUCGUGAUUUUAUGAGUGUUUUGGCUAACCUGACUGCAGUUCAUGUAAGAGCUACGUACACACCUGAAGGGGUUGGAUUUCUGGAUGACGUGGUACUUCAGACUGCCCGGCGAGGAGCAGCAGGGCGACCUGCCAAUUGGAUUGAAAUGUGUACCUGUCCUGAUGGAUAUGUGGGGCAAUUCUGCGAAUCUUGCGCCCCAGGAUUUCGGCAUGAACCGUCAAACGGGGGUCCGUUUGCGCCUUGUGUGCCUUGCAACUGCAACGGACAUGCAGAUAUUUGCGACGCUGAAACCGGUCGCUGUAUAUGCCAGCACAAUACAGCUGGAGACAACUGUGAACGCUGUGCUCGUGGGUACUAUGGUAACUCACUGCAAGGAACUGCUUAUGACUGCAAACACUGUCCGUGUCCAAAUCAGGGAGCCUGCACGCAGCUGGUGGACGAAACAGUUGUCUGUUUGGAGUGCCCCAGGGGAUAUGGAGGACCACGGUGUGACCUUUGCAGCGACGGUUACUACGGAGAUCCAACAGGAAGGUUUGGACCGGUUCGGGCAUGCCAGCCGUGUGACUGCAACCAGAAUGUCGAUCCUAACGCCGUUGGGAACUGCAACAGAACUACGGGAGAGUGCUUGAAGUGCAUAUACAACACUGGAGGACGUGAAUGUGACCAGUGUAUGCCAGGCUUCUAUGGUGAUGCAUUGGCAAUACCAAAGGGAGACUGCAAGCAGUGUCAGUGUAACCGAGAUGGAACGCAGCAAACUGGGUUUGGUCCUCCGGUCUGCGAUCAGCUAUCUGGGCAGUGUCAGUGCAAAAUACAUGUCGUAGGGAAGAAUUGUGACAGGUGUGAAGAUGGUUUCUAUAACAUCAUCAGUGGAGAAGGUUGUCAGCCAUGUAAUUGUGAUCCUGUGGGUUCUUUGAACCAUACUUGCGACCUCUACACGGGACAGUGCCAGUGUCGACCUGGUGUGACUGGUCAGAGGUGUGACGUCUGUCAGGCGUACCAAUAUGGAUUCUCUCUCGUUGGCUGUAGACCAUGUGAAUGUGACCAGAUUGGGUCUCUUGCUCUUCAAUGUGACCCUCUUGGACAGUGUCCAUGUCUGGAGAAUGUGGAGGGCCGCCAGUGUGAUCGUUGCAAGGAAAACAAGUACGAUCGACAGCGUGGGUGUGUAGACUGUCCUGCUUGUUACAACUUGGUACAGAGUGCGGCUAAUCAGCAUCGAGUCAAACUUAAGGAACUCGAGAAAGUACUGAGUGAUAUUGCAAGUAAUCCGACCGUCAUCAGUGAUCAGGACUUCGAGAAUAAACUGAAAGAAGUUGAAAGAAUCAUGGAGCAGCUGUGGAAUGAAGCCAGACAUGGGGCAGGAAGUGAGGAUAAGAGCUUGCUGGAGAGACUGGAAGAGCUACAAAAGCGUUUUGACGCAGUGGGCGAACUUACUGACCAGACUGAUGAGCUUACCGACAAAACAGCAUUGAGCACUGCACAAGGCAUUGGGAAUGUUACGCUUGCAGAAGAGACUAUUGAGAAGGCGUUCGAGUCUUUCAAAGACACGAUGGAUUACGUGCAGACAGAUGGCUCUGCUGCUUUAAAGAAGGCUGUGGAACGCUCGGAAGAGUUUGGGCAGACGAGUAGUCAGAUGUCUGAAAUCGCACGGGAAGCUCGAGGUUUGGCUGAAAAACAGGAAAAAGAAGCUGAUGAUAUUCAGCUGAUUGCCGCCAGAGCUGUCAAUACUUCCACGGCAGCUUAUGAAUUGGCGAGGGAUGCCAUAAAACAGCAACAAAACAUCAGUGAUGAGUUAAAGGUUCUGGGACAGGAACUAGGAAGUACUGAAGAGAAGCUGGGACAUACGAAGGAGUUAGCUGAAGUGGCCAGCGCAGCUGUAGGAGACAUUCACACGAAUGCCCUUAAAAUUUACACUGACAUAUAUAGUCUCAACAUUCCUGAAAUUAAUAUUCCAAAAUUGAAGCAAGUUGCUGAAUUGACUGCAGCUGAGGCUCGGAUGAUAAAGCAGGAAGCAGAAGACCUUCUGGCUGAUAAUGAGAGCCUCCUUGAAGACCUUAGGGACCAGAUCGAUGAGACAAGGGAACUGCUGGAGAGGGGCCACAGUCAGCAGCAGAUUGCAGAUGAGUUAUUGGCGGAUACAGAUGCUGCGAAGGCUAAAGCUGAGGAAGCGGUUAGUAGAGGGGAUGAAAUUCUGGAAACAGCCAGGAAGACAUUAAAAACACUGCAAGAGUUUGAUCAGCAGGUGCAAGAUAGUAAAUACAAGGCAGAGGAUGCCCUGAGUCUGGUACCAGAGAUUCGGCAACUGAUCGCUGAUGCAGAGAACAAAACUGAUAAUGCCAGGCAGGCACUGGUUGGUGCAGAGCACAGUGCUCAAAUUGCUCGUGACACAGCGCAGGAAGCACAACAGAAGUACGCAGAACAGGCUUCUCAUGAAGCAGAUUUAAUACGACAAGGAGCUGACCAAACCAAGCAGGAUGCUGGAAAAGUUCGUGAUGAAGCAGAGGCACUGGAAGGCCGUGUCGCGGUUACCACAAACAAAAUUAAGGAGCUUGAAGCCCUAGCUGUUCAGGAUGAAGAACUUACUACAGUGGCAAAAAAUAAAGUGGGCCAAACCAAAAGUAAAUCGGCAAAUGCUACAAGACAAGUUGAAAAAGCCCUGGAUGAUGUCGAAGCUAUUAUUGAAGAACUGAAUCAGUUACCUAACAUAGACCCCGCAGUACUAGAUGAUCUGCAGUUGCGACUGGAAAGAGCGGAGAAAGAAUUCAAGGUAGCAGAUCUUGAUGGACGCAUCCAAGAACUGAAGGACGCCAGAAUUUCACAGGCACAGUGGGUGAAGGACUACCAAGAUGAAGUGGACAGGCUCCAAGCUGAUGUACAGAAUAUAGAGGACAUCAGUAACUCGCUGCCUGAUGGAUGUUGGAAGCGGGUGCAACUUGAACCUUAGGGAACAGAUGUGUACCAUUUUGUAAAGUGAAGUUGAAAGAACAAAACACCACUGAAAUAUACCAGAAAUGCUCUAAAUGUGUCUUGAACGUUAUCAAAGUCAGAGAUGUGAGUGGUCACUCAUGGGGAUGCACAGAUCAUGCCAGUGUCUCACAUGCUGGUAAACAGAACGGUUAUACAAAGAGACCAAAAAUUACUGUGAUUAAGGCAUUAAUACAAUCUUCCUCUGUGCACUCGUGCCUUAGGCAUAAGUUUGACAAUUUUUAGAGGAAAAAAAUGUUCUUGUCACAUCAUCAUACAAUUCCAAAAAUAUUGAAGAUACAACAAACUGAAGUUUAUUUUUGUAUCAACUCUUAUUGGUAUGAACUUUUAUUUGCUGGAUCGCUACAAUAUUCUGAAUAUUAUCAGUGGAUAGUUUAUUUGCAGACACACAUACCAAAGAAUGUAAUUGCUUUGACUUAUAAAUAUUUGUUUUUUUUUGUAGUGUAAGUGUUUUAACAACCAUUACACAUUCAACUCAGUGAACGGAAUAUAACAGCUGCUUGGUGCAGUAGCUGAUAACAGUGGUGUUACUCCACGUUCCUGAUACAUUAUGUGGUAUCAAAUGGAAUUAAGAACCUUUCAUCUGUUGUGGAAGCUAAGAUUUUUAUAAACUUUAAUUUUUCAUGGAUGUGCCAUAUUUUGAUAAGAUUUAUUAUAGCAUUUGCCUAAUAGUAUUUAACCAAACAGGGUAUUUUUUAUGUGUAGUCCUACACAAAAAAUUCAACUUCAAUUUCACGCAAAUAUAGAAUUUUGUAACAAGUAGAACAUUUAGAAGAGGAAGGAAAUUUCUUUUUCUUGUGUUGUCUUGCCACUUUUACCAAGUUCAGCAUCGUCUGACUCUUAUCGUGUGGUUUCUCUUCGAAGAUAUCUUGGGCAAUCAGCAGAAAUGCUGUGUCUACCUGAAUCUAAGACAUCCUUUCAAAAUGAAGAGUGAAACCCUAUAUCCCACAAAACCUUCUGAGAUUACACACACAAAAAAUGUUAUUUCAUAACAAUUUUAACCUAGUGCUUUUAUCUCAGUAAUAUAAUAUUUUCGUGGUUACACAAUUUUGUUACUGUUUCUGCAGUGUUUGUUGUCAUUAUGUUUAGAUAUGUAUAACAACUUGUGAGUACUGCUGUAGUCAGUUUUCAUAUAAUGCACGUGACUUCAUGUUUAUAAUUGACUCUAGACAAACCAUUCAGCAAUAUAAAUAUUUUUUGAUAGUCUGCAUAAUUUAUUCAAAUGGAAAAUGUUGUUUGGUGUGAUUAAUACUUUUGCUACAUGAAAAUAUCUCUAUCGAAACAUCAUGCUGUAUGAGAUUAUGGUAAUACAAAGCAUAUGCCAGUAGGUGGCUCUGCCAACAGUAUAUGAAAAACUUAAUUAUGCUACAUGAGAUUAUGGCAGGAGUUAAAUGCAUGUUAAUUAUAAAUACGGUAGAACAGGGACAACAAACCAUCAUGGAUAUCUAUGAUGGGACCAAGAACUAAACUGAGUUUUUGUUAGAAUUAAAGUAUUUAGCAAAUACAUAUGAAACUUUGAAUGGAUACAGGGUUUUUUAUAUGAUUAAUAUGUAUUAAACUCAGAUGGAGCCGCAGUGAGCUGCUCAGUAAUGAGGACAAGUUAUUGAUUGCUUUGGAGAAAGUGUGUUUGAUGAAAAUUAGAUUUUAUUAUGGGUGAAUCAUGUGAGAAGUAUGAAGAUUGUGGUGCUUUAGCGGUUAAAGCUAAAGAAGGAUGAGCUAUUUGUGCUUGAUGCUAAUUUUGCUAAUUCCUUCAUCCCAGAAUCCCUAAAAUGAUGGGAAGGACAGGAAGGAGGGAUGGAAGCCCUCUGGCAGGAUAGUAAGUAAGGCAAGCUGUGGUAGAGUCCAUGGUCUUCACAUAAUGAUGUACAUGAGCUAAAAAUCAUGUACAUAAUUUAUAACUUCUGGUUGUGUGGUUAAUUCCUUGUACUAUCGCUUCCCAAAACAUUUUCCUAACCACACAAAAACAUUGUUAUAAGAUGAAUACAUUGACGUUUCCAAGGUUUCUUUUUUAGGAUGAAAGUUUAAUACAGGCCUUAUUAUUUAGAAAUUAAGAUGUCUUAUAUUUGGGUAGAUAUGGUGCUUCAGAUUUUUCAUGUUUCUGUGUCUCAUCUUGUAUGGCUUCAGUAUGAAGACUGAUUUAUUGUAAUUAUUUAACAACACUGUAUCAACAGUAGAUGUUAUUUAAUUAGAAAUGAGUUGUGAGAUGAUCAUAUAUGCUGAACUUAGGGUGAUAGAAAAGAAUAUUACCCAUAUUAAUUUCAAAAUCUAAUGUCCAUUUAUCUGGAAUGACUAUUGCAAACCACAGAAAAUUAUGUCAGAAGAGCGAGUGUACUGGUUAAUAUUUGAAGUUGUGUUUACUGACUACAAGUUUUGACAUGUUAUUAAUGAGCUAAUUAAUUUUAUUAUGAAAUAAUUCUGCAUAAUUUAGUAAUAAAAUAGUUGAUUUUUUUUAAAAUUAUUAAUUAGAAAUUUCACCGUUUUGUCCAAUAUUUUGAAGACUUUGUGUAGUUCUAUGAGCUCAUUAAAAGAAACCCUGUACCAUAGGCUCUAAGUUUGUUUCAUGCAACAACUUCUAUUUUGUAAGAUGAAUCAAGGUAUGCUCCUUUAUCAAAAAUAUGCAAUACUGUUGUGGAUAGAAGCACAGCAGCAAAACACGAGUACCUUGCAAUAUUAUUUUUAUACCAAAGAUGUUAAAUGAGUGUUUUCUUGUGCAUUGAAUUCUAGUUCUUUGAUGAUAAAUGUGUGGCAUUUUGCAAUUUGUUUAUUUUAAUUUAACAGAGAGAAUACCUCGGUUGAUUUUAUAUGAUUCACUGCCAGUAGUUGAUAUAUUUGUGUCUUGUAUUUUCACAUCUCAUCAAGUUCAUAACACUUUGAAGACAAAGAGAAGUUUGGUGGUAAGAAUAGGUAUGUAUGUUUCAUACAGAGAUAAUAAAUAUUAAAGUAGAUGAAAUAAUAAAAUGUAUGUAAAAAUGUUAUAAUUAACCAUUUAAGAGUCUGGAAAUAACAGUACCAUAUUUCAUUCUUUCAUUUAAUUCAUGUACCCUCAUUUCUUAUCGUGACAUAAAUAUAUCCAUAUAUAUUUUA